AUGGUUUGGCGUUCAUCAUCCAAGUCGAGGCCAUUGACCUCCUGGCCCGAUUCGGCCGAGAUCAAUGAUACUACGGCAGGGAAAAUCUCCACCGUUUUCCCAUUUGGAAUGUCGUAUAAAGAUAGAUGGCGUCCCGAAGAGGUUCAGGAGUGCAUUGCUAUGUGGGGAUUGAACAGAGAAGAACUUUCCAAGUUACUGGAAUUGAAGGAACGGGUGUCCGAUCGAAAGGACCACUGGGCCAAUGGUCCCUUUGAGUUGGUGCGAUUUGUCAGGGAGCAUACUUGUUAUGGAGAUGUGAAUAAGAUGGAACAGAGAGUCCGUCAAUCUACAGACUGGCGAGCCGAGAAUGGCUUGGAUGAAGUCUUGGAGACAUUUUGUCCACGAGUUGUGGUCUAUCGCUUCCCAGCAGCCGUUAUGCAGGGAGUGGACAAGGAAGGUGGAGUCGUGGCAGUCCUUCGCAAUGGAGAUCCACUAGGAUUGAUACAGAGGUUUGGAAGAGACGAAGUCAUCCGCAGUUUGUUUUGGGGAAUUGAAUUUGCCAUUCGAGGACCAUGGCAGCUGGAUUUCUACCAAAAGUAUCAUCAACGGCCAGGGAGAGUCACGGCCGUACUCGACCUCAAGGGAUUGAAUCGAAGGCACUAUCACCCUUCAUUGAUUCUCCUGGCACAGAAACUUAUGGACCCGUUAGAGGAAAACUACCCGCAUGUCAUCAAAAAGAUUCUCGUCGUCAAUGCACCGGCCAUUUUUGAUUUUGUGUGGGGUUUGGUAAAGCACCUCGUGGCGCCCCAUCUGCGAUUGCUAAUGGAAGUGGCCAAAGAAUCAGAGACACAAGAUCUACUGAGUCGCUACAUUGACUUAGAGGUAUUGCCAGAUUAUCUCGUGCCGGGAAUUGGGCAGGGAAAACCAGUGAGAGGGCUCAAUCCUGACUGGGUGAGUGAACUCUUGCCUCCCCAAUCCGAUCAUGACUCGGAACGGGUUCCUUUGGUGUAUGGACCCAAGAAAUCUGCUUCCAGCUACUAUACGACGACCUCCAUCGGUUCCUCCUGCAGUUUCGAGCAUAUGAAGAAAUCGUACCACAAUCCACGUCGUGUCAGGACUGUCACAAAGCCACUUUUCAAAGGAAUUUGGAAGCAAGGCUCAAUCAACACGGUGCAAAUCAUGACGUAG